AUGGAGCCCAAUAGCCCCAAAAAGAUACAAUUUGCUGUGCCUUUAUUCCAGAGUCAGAUUGCUCCAGAGGCAGCAGAGCAGCUGUGCCUUUGCUGUUCACAGAUCAGGAAAAGAAGACCCACGCCAGCAUCCCUUGUGAUUCUCAAUGAGCAUAACCCCCCAGAAAUUGAUGAGAAGAGGGUGAACAACACUCAAGAAGAUUCGCAGAAUGCAUCCCCUAAGCAAAGGAAGCAGAGUGUGUACACACCGCCUGCCAUGAAAGGGGUUAAGCAUCUGAAAGGCCAGAAUGGAUCAGCAUUCCCUGAAGAAGAAGAAAGUGCAAGUGAAAGAGAAGAGAAGUGGGACCAUUAAUUACCCGCUACAGCAAGAGGACCUCUUGGGAAUAACUGGACUGUACACUCUUCUGAAUAUUCAAUGGUACUCCCAAGCCCUGUCUCCAGCAGCCUCUUCUGCUCAUCCCCCACACUCACAGCAGCUGUGAUCCUCUUGGAAGCCUCCUUAACUGAACUGUGAAACCGAGUGCAGAUUGUUGUGUACCACUUGCAGUAAAGAAUAAGCACUUAUUUUACAGCAAUUUUUCUUUUAAACUCACAAUACCUAGGAAUCUGCUACCAUGUGUAUGUUCUCACUUUGAUACUGCCAAAGCUGAACUCCUCCUGGCCUACUAAUAUGAUUUACUUUCUGAAUUCAAUGUAGAGAGCAUUACUCUGAGAGUACAAAAUAAAUACUAAAUGCACUUGGAA